CCUCCAUGUGGCUAUUAGUCCAUAUAUGUCCCUAACGCUAUAAAAGUGAUUCAAGUUUUUCCUUCCUCCAUUAAGUCCAUCCUUUUUAGCCACAUGGCAUUCCAACUCACUCCCACCAACCCUUCUUCUUACACCACCACGUUAUCGUAUUUAAUAUCACCACUAUCAUAAAUCAUCUAUCCAUCAUCAAUUUUCUUUAAAAAUAGAAAUUAACAAAAUAGAUUAACUUUUGAAAACAAUCCUCAUUCAUCUUGACCAAGAAAUACUUUACCCUAAGAAAUAAUUGAUCAGACUCUGAAAGAGUGCAUGCAUGGGGAUUACUUUUUCAAGGUUUAAGAAUCUACCAAACACAUCUAAGUUAAGGAAGACACGAGGAGGGUGUCUAAAAUGGUGACAAUCUUACCAUCUUCUUUUUCCUUACUUGGAAAAUGGAAGACAAGGGAAAUUAUCAUUAUAUAAAAUGUUCCCCCAAAAAUAUCAAUAAAGUUUGACCGUUCAAAGAUGAGGGAAAAAAUAAUGCAAGAGUAGGCCUAUGUACAAAACAGUUGGCAGUCAUACGUGAGCUGCUCAAAGAAAGUCUACUACGUGAACUCCUCUCCUUAAUUUGACUUUGUUGAAACUACACCUCACUUUUAAGCCGUUCGAUCACGUGGCUUUCAUAUAUCUAACGGUGCAAACAUUUUGUAUUAAGACAUGAUAUAUUCCUUUUUGGGAGGGGUUGAAAAAUAAAAGAAAAGAAAAGAAUAGAAGAGAGAAAAAUGAAUAAAAGAUUCUCUCAACACUAAAUUAUUUUUCUUCUAAAUAUCUUGAGAUCAUCAUUCAUUCCAUGACCGGGUCUUUUGGUCUCCCCUUUUACACCACAAACACCAAACCAACACAAAAAAAGAAAAGAAAAAACAACAAUUUUAGUUUAACCAAACAGAAAAGCAUAGAAAAGUAGAAGAAAGGUAUUGAAAAAAUUCCCUUUGCAUACAUUCAUCAUUACUAUUAUUAUUUUUUAUGUCUUUUACCCCCCAAAAGUGCUAAUUAUUUCUUUUUUUUAUCUUCCUCUCUUAUCAUUUUUCACAUAUCAUUUCUCUGCUUCCUCUCUCUCUCUCUCAUGCAAUCAUUCCAUUUCCACCUUUCCACAACCAGAAAGAGAGAGAGAGAAACACAAAAAACAAAAAAAGAAAUAUUGUUUUUUAAACAAAAAAAGAAAUAUUGUUUUUUAAAGCCAAGCACUCCAGGAGAUUAUCCCUAUAGAUAUACACAGAUUAUGACAAUUAUUAUGAACUCUUCUCCUGGGGGGCACUAACCAUUUUUCGCACAAACAAUCUCAUUUCUUUAAGGUCCGGUCCUUCCCCGGACCCGCAUAUAGCGGGAGCUUAGUGCACCGGGCUGUCCUUUUUUAAUCUCAUUUCUUUACACAUCUUUAAAUGUAACAUCUUCUUUUUGUUAGAUGGGUCCUUAAUUCAUUUUCUUGGUGAGUUAUCUGUUUUUUACUUGGCCUACAAGUUUUGUGUCUUACAUAAGAAGCUCCUUAUAAUUUCAAGACUCAUUGCAUGUUGUGCCACAUUUCUUGAUCACCAUCUUCUAUAAAAAUAAACCAAGAAAUCAUAGAAAGAUAUCUCAUCAACUAUCCAAAAUGGGAGACAUUUCUCCUGAAAAGAAAACAGGUUGUGGCCUGUUGAAUGCUGUUUUUGGAAGGAGAAACAUUUGGACAAAAAGAUCAACAUCUACAGGCUCACUUCCUACACAAAAUUCCAACAAUGUUAACAAUAUAACGCGAUCUUCUAGCACUCAACAUUCUAAAAAGCAUCGUAAUGGCUCCAGCGAGGCUUUUUUAGACUCUCGUGAAAACCAAUCAGAGAAACAAGUUGACAAGAUCAUUCCAAGGCCUAACCCGAACCAAUCCAAGGCCGCGGUAGCAGCAAAUAAAGCUAAUUCACAAGGUGCACCGGUUCAUAAUCAGCAGAAAAAUAAUGGUCAAGGGGUAAAAGGGUAUAAUGAUAAUCAAGGAAGAAAAGUACCUCCAGCCGGAACAGGGGAGCUUGAAAACAUGAUCCAAGAUCAUCAAAGAUCAAAGGGUGCUAAUACAUUAGUCCGUGCUUCGUCUAGCAACGUGAUGUUGUUUGGUAAUUUGGGUAACAUUAGGCAGCAAGGCGGAGGCAACAGUACUGGUCCGACAACAACUUCAACAGCUAAUCAUGUUCUAGAUUAUUUACCAAGAACCGCUAAAGAAGUACCACCACCACCAUCACAACCAUCUCAGAAUGGGAAAUAUCCAACGAGCGUUAUGGGAAAUGUAGUGCAGGGGAAAACAGGGGGCGCUGUUUCCCUAUGCCGUGCGCUGUCCACAAGAAUGGACCCUGAACAAUUGAAGAUUCUUGGAAAUGAGGAUUACAAGAAUGGAAGAUUUGCUGAGGCUUUGUCUUUGUAUGAUGCUGCAAUUUCAAUUGAUCCAAAUAAGGCUUCUUAUCGAAGCAACAAAUCCGCUGCUUUGACUGCUUUAGGAAGGCUUCUUGAAGCUGCUUUUGAGUGCAGAGAAGCUAUCACAAUUGAUCCUCAUUAUCAAAGAGCUCAUAAUCGUUUGGCCACCCUAUCUGUCAGAUUAGGAGAUACCGAGAAGGCUAUGUACCAUUACAAACAAGCAGGAUCAGAAGGUGAUCCUGAUGUUGUGUCAAAGACUAAAAAUAUUCAAAUUCAUCUCAACAAGUGUACUGAGGCCAAGAGGCAAAGAGAUUGGAACACUCUUCUUAAAGAAUCCACCCUCGCCAUAUCCGCUGGUGCUGAUUCUGCACCCCAGAUAUUUGCUUUGAAAGCUGAGGCGUUGGUGAAGCUCCAUAGAUACCAUGAAGCAGAUCAAACUCUGAAGAACGGUCCGAAUUUUGAUAUCGAUGAAUGUAUAAAGUUCUUUGGCCCUAUUGGCAAUGCAGGCUUGCUAGUCAUUCAAGCUCAAGUUGACAUGGCUGCUGGCAGGAUUGACGAUGCCCUAGCAGCGGCUCAACGAGCAGCGCAGCUAGACGGGAACAACAAGGAAGUGAACAUGGUGGUUAGGAGGGCAAGGGCAGUAGCAAGUGCUAGAACAAAGGGCAAUGAGCUCUUCAAAGGUGGAAAAUAUGCAGAUGCUAGUGUUGCAUAUGGUGAAGGACUGGACCAUGAUCCACACAAUUCAGUCUUAUUGUGCAAUCGAGCAGCUUGCAGGUCAAAACUUGGCCAAUUUGAGAAAGCACUUGAGGAUUGCAACAAUGCCCUUAAUGUUCGACCAUCUUUUACCAAGGCUAGGUUGAGGAAGGCUGAUUGUUACUUUAAGAUGGGAAAAUGGGAAGCAUGCAUACAAGAAUGUGAAGCGUUGAUGAAGGAGUCACCAGAAAAUGAGGAUGUGGGACUGAUGAUUAAGGAUUGCCAACAACACCUCAAAAAAUGAGGAUUUAGCCAAAGACGUGAAGAGCAUGAACAUCAUCAAUAAUGACACAUAUGGUUGUCAUUAAUUUGUCAAUCUCCAUAAAAAAUAUAUUUGAAUGGUAUCAACACUUGUUUGUUCAAUUCCAAUCCCUCCAUAAAAGAAAAAGGAAAAAAAAUUCAAAAAUAGAAAAAUCAACAUGAGGAAAAAAAGUGGAGGGGAAGGGGUUAAGAAAAGGAUUUAUAAGGUCUCUUAGGGAAAUGAAAAAAGAGAAUGGGAGAAGACCAAAGGAUUAAUUAAGAGGUUUGAGUUAGAAAAUAGGAUUUGGUAGGCUAUAUUGGCUCAUCUCUUUAGGAAAAAGAGAAAAAAAGGAAAGAAAGGAAUUCAUUAGGGUGCUUUGGGAAAAACUAAAGCGCUAUGGAUUUUUAGUGAAUGAGAACAAUUCUUUUACAUUUAUUGCAUUUUCUUAAUAUGUAAGUAAUUAUUUUGUUUAA